UGAGUGGUUGUGUCGUCAUUGAUGGGGUGGUUGUGAAGGAAAGGCGUAUUUGUAUUAACAUUGCAUUCACUCAUUGUUUUGCAAUCAAUUCAAUUCAAUUGCCGUUCAUUUAAGGGUUUAUUAAUUCAUUGAAUCAGUGGAGGCAAUGGCAGCGCCGGCAUAUGUGGCACCCGUAGUGAUCACCGCCUUUUGGGUGAUAGUGGGGGCAGUCCUACCAUUCUUCGUACCCAAAGGACCCAACAAGGGGUGGUUGUGCACAUACAUCGCACAACUGAACCCGCUGUUUGGCCCACAAGUCAAUAACGUGACCCUGAGCCUAAUGUACAACAGCACAUUCUGAUACACCACCACAUACUGGCCCACAAGUCACCAUUGAUUCCAUGAAUGCCUUAAUUUAGUCACUAUUCCAGAGAUUUGUGAACCAAUCGGUUGUUUAUAUGUUUAUAUAAAAUGCUAUUUAUAUGUCAUUCAAGACAUCGUUGCAAAAGAUUAUUGUAUUAAAUAUUCCAGAUAUUUAUGUAUUUAAUAAUUAGGAUUAAUAUUUAGUUUUAAAUGUUAUUUUAUUUGCUAUUUAAAUAAAAAAUACUUUUUAAUAAGGAUUAAA